UUUGGCUGUUCUUUCUUUGUUUCCGCCAUUGUGCACGUCACUUCUCCUUCCCUCCCUGCCCUCCAUUCCAUUCCCUUCCCUUUCUCGCAAACCCUCUUCCUUCCUUCCUUCCCUUUCGCGAAUCCAGAUGUUUGUGAUACUGCAAAGACUUGCUCGUAUGGUUCCCUUGGAGUGUUGGGAUUCAGACUUGGACUCGAAGUUCUGUUUGAUCUAGCAACGUUCGCCAUUGCUCGUCUCGCGCAGUAGGUUACGUGAUCAAAGGUCGGUUUCUGAGUUGCAAGGAGUUUUGUGGCGGUGGAAUAUAGUUAAACUUUUUGUUAAAGUAGAUUGUGCACGGAUACUGAUUACAGUGGAGACGGUGUGUCAGUGAAAGGGCGAUUGAUAGAGAUAUGCCAUCGACAUGGGCAGAGUCGCCACCCGAUAUGGUGGCUACUGAAAAUGGAAGUGCAGCAGGAGCUUCCGGUGGUCGGCCAGUAAGAGCAUCCUACGUACCUCCUCACUUGCGGAACCGUCCUCAGGCUGGCUCGGUCGUGAACGGUGCUGGCGAAGUCCCUGUUUCUGAAGUAAAAGUUGCCACUAGAGCAGCCCCGGGUGCACGACCAGCGUGGGGUAAUCGGAACGCAGCACCGGCUGCUGCGCCUCAAGCGGAAAUUGGAGGCGCCAGUAAGGUCGGGAAUGGGUCUGCUUGGGGUGCUAGCACGGGGGUGAACCAUUCUGCUAGUUGGGGGAACUCGAACGGUUCAGGUCGGAGCUAUGGUGGUGGUGGGCGAGGCCAGAGGGUAGGAUGGGAGAGAGAGGCCAAUCCUUUCGCCAAUGACGAGCCUGUAUCAGAGGCUAUUUUCGAAGCCGAGAACACGGGUAUUAAUUUCGAUGCAUAUGAGGAUAUCCCUGUAGAGACGAGUGGGAACAACGUACCACCUCCGGUGAACACAUUCGCCGAAAUAGACCUGGGCCCCGCCCUGAACGAGAACAUCAGGAGAUGCAAGUACACAAAGCCGACGCCUGUUCAGAAGUACGCGAUACCUAUUAGUUUGCAUGGCCGUGAUUUGAUGGCUUGCGCGCAGACGGGGUCAGGGAAAACGGCGGCGUUUUGCUUUCCGAUCAUCGCUGGGAUUAUGAGGAACACUCCUCCGGGUCGUCCUCGGGGCGGAAGGAAAGCAUUGCCGUUGGCUCUGAUACUGUCUCCCACCAGAGAAUUGUCUUGCCAGAUUAGCGACGAAGCCAAGAAGUUUGCAUAUCAGACCGGUAUUAGAGUCGUGGUUGCUUAUGGUGGUGCUCCUGUUCACAAUCAGCUUAGGGAAAUGGAAAGAGGGGUAGACAUUCUAGUUGCCACUCCGGGGCGUUUGAGUGAUCUUUUGGAGAGAGCCAGAGUAUCCCUUUCCAUGGUGCGAUACUUGGCGCUGGAUGAGGCUGAUCGAAUGCUCGACAUGGGUUUCGAACCUCAGAUUCGCAGGAUAGUUGAGCAGAUGGAUAUGCCACCGGCGGGAGAACGUCAGACAAUGCUGUUCAGCGCCACAUUCCCGAGAGAAAUCCAGAGGCUGGCAUCGGACUUCUUGUCGAACUACAUUUUCCUUGCCGUUGGUAGGGUGGGAUCUAGUACAGAUCUGAUCGUGCAGCGAGUAGAAUUUGUGCAAGAUGCGGACAAGCGCAGUAUGUUGAUGGACCUCAUCCACGCUCAAAGUGCCUUGGCUCCGCCUGGACAGCAAACUUUGACGCUCGUCUUCGUAGAGACUAAGAAGGGAGCUGAUUCUUUGGAGGACUGGCUGUGUCGCAUGGGAUUCCCAGCCACAACAAUUCACGGCGAUCGAAGCCAGCAGGAACGAGAGCAUGCCUUAAGAUCCUUUAGGACAGGAGUCACCCCCAUUCUUGUCGCGACGGAUGUCGCCGCCCGAGGACUUGAUAUUCCACAUGUGGCGCACGUAGUGAAUUUUGAUCUUCCUAGUGAUAUCGAUGACUACGUGCAUCGCAUUGGUCGUACUGGGCGUGCCGGUAAGAGUGGUGUUGCAACUGCUUUCUUUAAUGAGAAGGACCAGUCAUUAGCGCGACCAUUGUCAGAGCUGAUGACGGAGUCAAACCAGGAGGUGCCUGGAUGGUUGUUGAACUAUGCCACAAGAGCUAGUUACGGUGGUGGAGGUAGGUACAGACGGUCAGGAGGGGGGGGAUCGAGAUUCGGAGGCCGUGACUUCCGUAGAGAGGGCGGCAGAGGAGGUGGAGGGGGUCACCAUGGAGGUUAUGGUGGAGGCGGUGGCGGUGGUUACGGAGGUGGAGCAUAUGGGGGUGGAAGUAGUGCAUGGGAUUAGAGUAGUCUUUUGGUGACUCGCUUAGAUGGUAGGUGGUAAAAUUUUGGUAGCUUCAGACACACCUUGCUCUCUUGAAGGGCUGUGCAUAGUUUUGCUCACAAUUUCUUUCACGGUUCUUUAGACAUGACGAGUGCCCUUUCUGUUCUGUGAGGUUGUAGAUUGGCUGGUCGGCUCUUACUUGGCCGGGUGUAUAUUAGCGCUCAGUAUUUGAGGUAGAGCUGAAGAGUCAUGGAUAGGCGGGGCCUGCAUUUGUCAUGGGGGUCUGUCCCACAAUUGUCUGCAAAAUGUAGAAGAAGCUACACAUGCAAAAGUACACUGGUAUCUAGAAAUUGUUCAGAUUGCGUUCAUUCGUUCAAGACACGAAGAGCUGGUCGAUUGGAUGAAGUCAAUCGUUUUUGCAGUGUCAAUUUUGAUUCUGCACAUAUAUGAAACUUUUUAGACAAUGGUGUAAAGCAUUAACUA